GUUCAACGAUCGUUUUUCGACGGGUCUAAACACUGAUAGGCUCUCUCAGAUGUAGUACCUAGCUUGGCGUGAUUAUAAUUAAAUCCUAUGCUCUGAUGACGGUUAACGGCUGUGGGGACAGUUACCACUUGAAGCGACUGGAAAGGGAAGCCGAAUACUAAUCCGCUUGAUGGAAAGAAGGACCGACUGUCUUCCUUCUACCUGCGGCUAACCUCAGCCUGAAGUUGAACUCGAUAAUAUGGCUGACUAUUUUUCCGAUUCAAUUGGUCUUCAAACUUCAGCAUAUACUGCGGUUGCAUCCAUAGCAGCUUUACUUUUUGACUUCAGUAUCACCUUCGACUCGGAGGUUCGUUUGACAUGGGGAAGAAAGUGGGGCAUCACGAGGAUAGCCUUUAUCGUUUCUCGUUAUUUGCCAUUCGCAGGCCUUGCUAUGACCGUAUAUUGUGAGCACUCACAGCAUUUUGUCUACUCUUGCCCUUUACUCUUUACUGGGGUCCCCUGGAUAGACUUGGUCGAGUCCACACAUGGAGGAAUUUCCAAUCAUGGGAAGUUCACUGCUGUAUAUGAUGGUUGUGUAUACAAAUGCAUCAUUCAAACUCAAAUGCUCAAUCUUUUUCUAGUCAUCCGUUGGUUGUGUAUCGCUGCUGCUGGAGUCCUGCUCGUGGCAAGGGUCUACGUGAUCUCAGGGUGUGAAAGGAGGUUCUUGGCUGCGGUAUUGGUUUAUGCCAUGGCCAUCUCAGUGGCGGUGCUGAUAAUCUCAUAUAUCGAUGCAAUUAAAUCCGGAGAUUCGACGCGCGGUGUAUUUGAGGAACGACGUAACGCUAGCAUUAUUUAUGGUUUGUUGAUGUUCGGGGAGCUUGCGCUAAUGUCCCUGACGCUGUUCAAACGCUUCAAAUCCUACCAACUGAAAGAUAGUUUGCUGCUGAUUACUCUAUGUCAGGAUGGCAUAAUUUACAUGUUAUGUAUUAUUUUGGUCUCGAUGGCUAAUUGCGUCACCAUUGCCGUACUACCUUCAUCCUACACCGCACUUCUUGCUGGCCCACAGUUAGUCGUGCAUAGUGUUCUCGCCUCACGUAUCCUGUUCAAUCUACGAGCAAUGUCCGACUUGCAGGAUGUUGGUACAGGCGAGCCGGUUGUCUCAGUAGUGGGUUUUUCUCGACCUAUGGUGUUUCAAACCCCAUCUUGUGUUGAUCAUGCACAGCCCUGGGAUCUUCCAAAGUGAUAGUCCAAUGUCUACAGCAUCUUGUAUUAUUUAAAUCCCAUAUCCUGGUGGGGCAGCAACUACCUACAGUGUGUGCAAUAAUUUAAUAGUUCAUCCACGCAAUGUAAAUGGUGGAUUGAUCAUUGCUCUGGAA